GAGAGAGAGCAAUAAAGAGCGGGUCAUUUCUGCCUCUCAAUCUUCUGUUCAUGUAGGGAGGGAGCUGAGGGGGAGUUAGGUAAUGAUUUGUCAUCCUGGGAGCUUGGAGUAGUCAAACCGACUGCUCUGGGAAUCCUGGCUGUGAUUGACAGCAGGUCUGUGGGGGCCAGUCAUAAUGAAGCUUUGUCAAUCCCUAAUGGACAUGGAAAUGCCAGAUUAUGCCGAGUCCCUCGACUCCUCGUACACCAUGUUGGAGUUCGAAAACCUCAGGGUGCUGCCCACAAGUUCGUCAGAAUCCAUUGUUCCAGAGCCAGGUAAUGGCAGCUUGCUUGGUAACGGGAUUAGCUCGUUGUGUGCCAUCUGCGGGGACAGAGCUACUGGGAAGCAUUAUGGCGCUUCCAGCUGUGAUGGCUGCAAAGGGUUCUUCAGAAGGAGCGUCCGGAAGAAUCACGUCUAUUCUUGCAGGUUCAGCAGACAGUGUGUGAUAGACAAAGACAAGAGGAACCAGUGCAGAUACUGCAGGCUGAAGAAAUGCUUCCGGGCAGGCAUGAAGAAGGAAGCUGUGCAGAAUGAACGCGAUCGGAUCAGCAUCCGUCGGAGCAGUUACGAAGACAACGGUGCCCUGUCGAUCACAAUAUUGACUCAGGCAGAGGCAAUGGCACAGCAGUAUUCGGCUCUCCGUCCUGUACACAGAGCAGAUAUUGCCAUGAAGAAGAUUGCCACCAUCAAUGAUGUCUGUGAGUCGAUGAAACAGCAGCUUCUAGUCCUUGUUGAGUGGGCAAAAUACAUCCCAGUCUUCUGUGAGCUUCCAUUGGAUGACCAGGUUGCCUUGCUAAGAGCCCAUGCUGGAGAACACUUGCUGUUGGGAGUUGCAAAACGUUCUAUACCAUAUACGGAUUUUCUAUUACUAGGAAAUGACUUCAUUAUUCCAAUGCAGUGCCCAGAGCUUGAAAUUGCUCGGGUGGCUACUCGGAUCCUGGAUGAACUUGUGAAGCCCUUGCGAGAAAUUCAGAUUGAUGAUAACGAAUAUGCUUGUCUCAAAGCCAUCGUGUUCUUUGACCCAGACUGCAAAGGCCUGAACGAGCCAGGGAAGGUGAAGAAUAUGCGUUUCCAAGUGCAAGUGAACUUGGAAGAUUACAUCAACGACCGACAAUAUGACUCGCGGGGGAGAUUCAGUGACAUCCUCCUCCUCCUGCCUCCCCUCCAAAGCAUCACUUGGCAGAUGAUUGAGCAGGUUCAGUUCAUCAAGCUCUUUGGAAUGGCCAGGAUCGACAGCUUGCUGCAGGAAAUGCUUCUGGGAGGAACCACCAUAGAUGUGCCCCAGUACCAGUCGGGACCUUCCAGCCUUAACAUGGAUCCUCUUCCAGGACACAUUGCACUACCUAGAAACAUGGGUUCUGUGAUUCACAUGGUUUCAGCCUCUUCUCCUGAAACUUCCCUUCCUUCUCCUUCCACCAGCACCGGAAGUGAAGAUUACAAGCUAGGCCCAUCCCAUGGGUCUGAAGUACCGACGACGCUUAUGCCUCCAGCAGUUAUACCCAAACAGGAGAUCCUAUAAAGAAGCAAACUAAAUAUAUCAAGAACUAACAUUUGAGUCUUCUUAUUUUAACUGGCCUCAUUCCCACAGUGGUGACGGGCCACUUCCAUCGCCUUUUCUACCGCUCAACAAAAUGGUGGCCUUCUAUGACUACAUGAGAACUUCCCUGUCUACAGUGUCUGUUUUCUAGGGUUUCAUGCUGUUCCCCCCCACUGAAUUAUAAAACAUAUGGGACAGGCUCAACCUUGUAACUUCUAGUUCAAGUCGCAGGAUUCUGUGUCAAUGGAGAUGAAAGAGGACAUGCAUCCAUAUGGGAAGUUACUUCCGCCACAGAUCUUGACAAUGUCCUUGCUAUUGUCCUUGCUCUCCAGGUUCUGUCUACAUAUGGACGGAGCUUGGGAGAUUCUGACAGCUGACAUGUAUAAAGACUUAAGGCAAAUGAUAGCAUGUUCUGAACUGAUGGACACCCCUGGAUGCCUCUCCUCCUCAUUGACACACAAGGUUUGGAGAUCCCCCAGAAGCUUCAGCAAAGAGACAGAUGAACUCUUGGGUCCUGGUGUUACUACAUUUCCUGAGAAUCUAAAUCUGUUGAGAGGAGCUGGGUGUGUUUAAUCUGGAGAAGACGAAGCAGAUUGGAGAGCAGUCUUCGAAUAUCUGAAGGCCUGUUGCAUCUGAGGAGUGGACCAAUUCUCUGUUGCUUCUGGAGACAGGUCUAGGUUGAAGCGACAAGGGAUCCGAUUCAAACUAGAUUUUAGGAGGAAUUUCCUGACUGUAAGGGGAGUUUGAUGGAGGGACAGCCCAUCCUGUGUAGAGGUGGGCUCUCCUUCACUAGAAGCUGGAUCACCAUCUGCCAGGGAGGCUGUAGCAGAUUCUUGUACUAAGCAGGGUGGUGGUGGUCUAGAACUGGGAUUCUCAACGUUGGGUCCCCAGAUGUUAUUGAACUUCAGCUCCCAUAAUCUCCAGGCCCAGUGUCCUUUGGCUGGGGAUUAUGGAAGUUGAAGUCCAAUAACAUCUGGGGACCCAACGUUGAGAAUCCCUGGUCUAGAAGACCUCUAAGGUCCCUUCCAAAUAUAAUAUUCUAUUAUUCUUUGGUUGCAUGGAAAAGGGAAUAGCAAACAUCACUGCAUCAUCAGCCUCUGCUUCCAAGGCACCAAUUGACUCCCUGAGCCCACAAUUUACUGGCCUCGCAUCUGCUCUCACACCAAAAGAAAGGCCUAUUGACGCUGUUGGCAUAACACACAUUAAGUGCCAUUUCUAGCUGUUGCUGAUAGCAGAUUGCAGUGUUCAUCCAGCACUGGCAAUAUGUGGUGUGUUUUCUGGUUAGAAUUCAAGGACACACCCAGUGGUUGUUGAAGCAGAAGACGAGGCUGUUUUGGAGAUCAUUCAAAACAUAGAGGCUAGUUCCACACAGAGCAAAAACACAUAUGAUUGACAAGCAUCCAGUGUCAUUUCUUGGGAUUCAUCGGUUUCUUUGCCAUGCUAUGAUCCUGGGAAUCCUCCUGGGACCUAGCCACGUUUUAAAAAAAGAUUUGUUUUACUGUUUUUAAAAAGGCAGAAAAUAUUUGAAAAUAGGAACAUGUUGUGCUUGGAGUAAAUAAAUUCAUAAGAUGA